AUGACGCUCUCCCUGCCUUCCGAAGUUCUUCUUUACCUUGUGGUACCUGUGCUUAGCGCGGCUAUCUACUGGAGUAGACAGCGCAGCCAUGCGUCGCGUUCUCUCCCUCUCCCGCCUGGGCCCAAAAAGUGGCCGCUUGUUGGCAACCUCUUCCAUAUUCCAACUACCUUUGAAUGGGAGACCUACGCUCACUGGAGCGAAGUGUACAAUUCGGAUAUACUCCACUUGGAUGUGGCGGGCAAAUCAAUCAUCAUCGUCAACUCACAAAAGGUUGCAACAGAACUGUUCGAAAAACGUUCUGCCUUGUAUUCGAGUCGUGCACGCUUUGUGAUGGUCAACGAGCUUAUCGGCUUCGACUGGCUGUUCGGCUUUAUGCCCUAUGGUGAAGGUUGGAAAGAGCGACGACGCCUCUUUCAACAACACUUCCACCCACUGAAUACCUCGAGCCACCAACCCAUCGAACUCGAGUUCACACAGAAGAUGCUGCAGCAACUUCUGCAAACUCCCCAUGACUUUAUGAGCCACAUCCGACAUAUGGUUGGUGCUAUCACGAUCACCAUGGCCUACGGCCUCGACAUCCGACCAUCCAACGAUCCAUACAUUGAGAUCGCCGAGCAGGCACUCAUCGGACUCGCAGCCGGAGCAGCACCGGGCGCCUUCCUCGUCGACUCCCUACCGUUCUUGAAACACGUCCCCGCUUGGUUCCCCGGCGCAGAUUUCAAGCGCAAGGCGGCAGAGUGGCGGUCAUGGACGAGGAAGAUGGUCGAGGUGCCUUUUAGGGAUGCUCAGAAAGCUAUUAAUUCUGGAAAGGCGAUCCCAUCUUUUACGUCGAUGUGUUUGGGGGGCCUCGAUGAGUCGAAGGACAACACGCAUAAAAAGAAGGUCAUCCAGGAGACGGCUGCUACGUUCUUCGUCGGUGGUUCCGAUACGACCGUGUCAUCCCUCAACACGUUCAUUCUGGCGAUGACCUGCUACCCCGAGGUGCAAGCCAAAGCUCAGAAGGAACUCGACCGGGUCCUUGGACCGAACGCUCUACCGGACUUUGGUGACGAAGAGUCCUUGCCUUAUAUCUCGGCCAUUGUGAAGGAAGUCUUGCGGUGGCAGACGGUCACUCCUCUUGCCAUUCCCCACUAUCUGACUGAAGACGAUGAGUAUAAUGGGUACUUCCUCCCGAAGGGAUCUGUAGUUGUUGGCAAUGCCUGGGCAAUGCUCCACGAUAAAGACGAAUACAACCAACCACUCGUCUUCCAACCUGAGAGGUUCUUGACACCAGACGGUUCAAAACUCGAUCCUAACGUUCGAGAACCUACAGCUGCUUUCGGGUUCGGACGCAGGAUUUGCCCCGGAAAACACAUGGCCACGUCGAUGCUCUACAUCGCCAUCGCUUCCAUCCUGACCGUAUUCGAAAUCUCCAAAGCGGUGGAUGAAGAUGGGAACGUUAUCGAGCCCACGAGGGAUUAUGUGUCCAGUAUGGUUUCGCACCCGGAACCUUUCAAGUGCUCGAUUAAACCUCGUUCCAAGGCUGCUGAAGCUUUGGUUUUGUCGCUCGGAUGA